GUCCAACUUGUCCUGCAGGUUAUCGUCAGAAAAAAAUGAUGAUCUCUCGCUCUGUCGUCAACGUGCAGGCCAAGCUCACGAAGAAGGGCAGCGCUGGCCCUAAGAAGGCCGCCCCUCCGCCCGGACCUCGCAAGACCAUCCGGGAGCGCGCUGGCUGGUGGGGCAAUGGCACAUCUGAGCGCCUUUCUCAGUUCUACGGCCCUGAGCGUGCACUUUGGCUGGGUCCCCUGUCAGGCAGCGCUCCUUCGUACUUGACCGGCGAGUUCCCUGGUGACUACGGCUGGGACUCGGCUGGUCUGUCGUCGGACCCGGAGACCUUCAAGCGCUACCGCGAGCUUGAGCUGAUCCACGCCCGCUGGGCCAUGCUCGGUGCUCUGGGCUGCGUGACCCCCGAGCUGCUCGCCAAGAAUGGCACCCCGAUUGCUGAGCCCGUGUGGUUUAAGGCAGGCGCUCAGAUCUUCCAGGAGGGCGGUUUGGACUACCUUGGCAACCCUGGCCUUGUGCACGCGCAAUCCAUCCUGGCUACCCUUGCUUGCCAGGUCAUCCUGAUGGGCGCCAUUGAGGGCUUCCGCGUCAACGGCGGCCCGGCUGGCGAGGGCCUUGACAAGCUGCACCCUGGUGGCCCCUGGUUCGACCCACUUGCUCUUGCUGAGGACCCGGAUGCCUUCGCCGAGCUGAAGGUCAAGGAAAUCAAGAACGGUCGCCUGGCUAUGUUCUCCAUGUUCGGCUUCUUCGUCCAGGCCAUUGUGACUGGGCAGGGCCCGAUUGAGAACCUCGAGUCUCACCUGGCCAACCCAGGCGUCAACAAUGCUUUCGCAUUCGCAACCAAGUUCACGCCCAGCGCCUAAUUCCAUCGCUGGCAUCUGGAUACUACACCGCAUGCUAUCUACCAUCCAUCCUUUGUGGCAAGGAAACAAAUGACUUACGCGCCAUAGAAUUCAGCGUGUCUAACAUCACUGUACAGGAGACCCGUUGACUUCAGUCAAGUCCAACUUGUCACAAAGUUGUAGGUUCCAGAGGAGAUCCUGCCCAGUCUGCGGGAAUUGCGGUGUUCUCUGAGAGUACGUUGAGAUUGUUUGAGGAGUGAUGUUUUCGGUGGUUUGCAUAUGACCGUGCUAGUCGGGAAGAGGUUCUGAUGUAAACUUGAGUAACCUAAUAAUUCCCUG